GUUGACACACAUUUAUAAGCAUAGCCGACGAGAGUAUUUUAAGAUAGGUUGUAGUACAGCAAACAUUUGUUACAUAUGUACUAGUCUAGCUAUAUAUCUAGCACCAAUGGAUCGUUUUGUAGUGAGGAAAGUGCCAGAGGGACAGGCUGCCAUGACAGAGGGUCAGGCUGCCACGACAGAGGGACAGGCCGCCACGAUAGGGCAAGGACAGGCUUCCGAAGCGUCAACUUCGCAAAAAAGACGAAAAAGAAAAUACAAUGAGGAAUAUGUUAAAUAUGGAUUCACAGUGACGACAGACAGAGCAGGAGAGGAGGUACCACUGUGUUUCGUAUGUUCAACAAUUCUCUGUAAUGAAGCUAUGAAGCCGUCGAAACUUACGCGGCAUAUGGAGACGCAUCACGUCCACUUGAAGGCCAAACCCGUUGAGUACAUGCAACAGAUGUUGCGUGAUUUCAAAGGACAGCAGGCUACCAUGAGGAAGAGUGCAAAAAUAAAUGAAAACGCACUGAAAGCAUCGUAUCUGGUCGCUCUCAGGGUUGCAAAAAGUAAGAAGCCCCAUACCAUUGCAGAGCAGCUUAUAUUGCCAGCAGCCAUAGAUAUGUGCAGAGCUAUGGUAAGCGAAGAAUGUGCCAACAAAUUAAAAACUAUUCCGUUGUCAGACAACACAAUCGGAAGACGAAUUGGGGAAAUGGCAAAUGAUGUCAAAGACCAGCUGAUGGCAAAACUUCAGACAGUUCUGUUUUCCCUUCAAAUCGACGAGACGACAGAUGUUACUAAUGAUGCGCAACUGUUAACAUUUGUGCGAUACGAGGACAGUGGCACUAUGUGCGAGGAAUUUCUUUUUUGCAAACCACUGCCCGGGCGAACUACCGGUGUAGAAAUAUUUAAAGCACUGGACGAUUUUUUCACGGAGCACAAUAUCUCGUGGCAGAGGUGCGUUGCAUUAUGCAGCGAUGGGGCCCGAGCCAUGAGUGGCAGCAAGACUGGACUGUUUGCGCAUGUAAGGAGGGUGGCUCCGGGGGUAAUUUGGACACACUGCCUGAUUCAUAGAGAGGCUCUCGCCUCCAAAGAUCUCAGUGUUGAGCUCAGUGGUGUGUUUGAUGUCGUUGUCAAGACGGUCAACUUCAUAAAACGAAACGCAUUGAAUACACGCCUGUUUUCAUCCCUAUGCCAUGACUUGGGAAGUGAACACAGCUCUCUCCUUUAUCAUUCAGAGGUGCGUUGGCUGUCUCGCGGCGCUGUGCUCGCCCGUGUGUUUGAACUACGCGGAGCUAUCUACGAGUUCUUGUGCGAGAAGCAUUCUGAUCUGGCUUCCAAUUUCAACGAUAGUUACUGGUUAACUAAGCUGGCGUACCUCACAGAUGUUUUUGCAGAGCUGAACAAGUUGAACAGCUCCAUGCAAGGGAGAGAUGCAAACGUCAUGCAGCUCUACGAGAAGCUCGACGCAUUUGUGAAAAAAAUGUCAAAGUGGAUCGAACGAGUGGAGAGCAAUAACUUGGCGAUGUUUCCUUCAGUUGAGGAAUACCCUGACAGCACUGACAUCAACGACACUAUAUGUGAGCAUUUGAGGAAGCUUGUGCGUCAAUUCGCAAAGUACUUCACUGAUUCGGAAGAGUGGCGCCGUGACAGCAAGUGGAUCCUGCUCCCAUUCAGUGACGAUGCAUCAGUAGGGUCAAGUCUGACGGCUGUGGAAGAGGAUAAGCUGAUUGAGAUGUCCACAGACUCUGUCAGGAGGCAUAUGUACGACACACAGCCCCUUGUUAAAUUCUGGAUAAGUUGCCAGACAGAAUUUCCACAGCUUGCUGCAAAAGCAAUGAGGUGUCUUUUGCCCUUUCCAACCACAUACCUGUGUGAGAGUGGUUUUUCUACACUGGCGUACUUAAAGAAUAAGUACAGGGCUAGGCUUGAUCCAGAGAAUGACAUGAGACUGUCUCUGUCUACCAUUUCGCCACGAAUAGACAGGCUGUGUGGACUUCACCACGCCCAGAUAUCACACUGACAGCAGGUGAUUGGUGACAGGUCUGUCCUGGCUGGGUUAUAAAAGCCCUGACCAGCCAGCAGUUGAGGCUGCCUUGGUCUUCAUUUGUUGGAUUUUGGUUCUCCGGUGUUGUUGGAUUUUUGUUCUCCGUUGUUGUUUUGUCACACACCUAGACUGACUUUGCAUGACAUUUUUAGUUACUUUUCCCAAUACUGAAUUGCACAACACUUUAUUAUUCUUUAUUCUUUCUUUAAAAUAAUCUUUAAUUUAAUUUAAUUUAAUAAAUCUACUUUUAUUAUUAUAAAAUCUGCGUGGCGUCUCUUUCAUGUUUCAUGCAUUGAGCUAUGCAUGUAACACCAAAUACACACGCGCACGCGCAGGCACAUCAGUGGGCCGCGGAUUGCUUUCUAGUCCGAAUGGUGGUCCCUGGGACAAAACCAGUUGAAAACCCCU